AUGGACACCUCAGUGAGAACGCAUGCCUUCAUGCUUGGCGUAACGGUCCUCCCGCCGUUAGGUUCACUCUAUCUUGGGACGGGCAUUAAGGGAAAUCCAGGUUACGUGUACCUAUAUCAUGCUAUCAUCUUUCUAGUGUGGAUUUUUGCGAUCAAAAAGAUUGUCUAUAACCAUUAUUUUGGCCCACUGAGCAGAAUUCCUAUGGCACCAGGUGAUUGGUUUAUAUUCGGACACACACCAUACAUGUAUGGUGCAAUCCCAGGGGGUUGGAUUCUUGACUUUAUCAAUAGGCCUAAGUACAGCAAUUGCGGAAUGUUGAGGAUGAAAUCCAUACUACAUUUGAGUGAUACUGUCAUUUUAACCGAUCCUAAUGCAUUUAACGAAGUGUUGAGCGCUCACUGCUAUGACUAUAUAAAACCUCCUAAGCGCUCCGCAAUUGUUGAACGGAUUAUUGGACGGGGUAUAGCCACUGCGGAGCUCGCUGAGCACAAACUUCACCGAAAAUUCGUUCGACCGGCUUUUCUCGGCCAUGUAAUCAAAGAAUUUGUUCCUAAAAUGUGGCUCAAAUCGCUCGAGUUUGCCGAAUUUAUGGCAACCAAGUCGAAAGCUGCUAGGGGUGCCAUUGAGUUCAAUGAAACUGUCUCCUUGAUCACUCUUGAUAUCAUUGGAGUUGCUGCCUUCGAUGAAGACUUUAGGACUCUGUAUAAUUCUAAAAAUGAGCUUGCAGCUACUUUUCGUCGGGUGUUAGAGCCCUCCUGGGAUUUCAUUCAAUAUUUUGUUGCGUGCAUGCUGCUGCCGGGAUGGGUUUCUAUCAGGCUUCCUAUGGCAGGAAACAAAACCCUAACGGUAUGCAAGGCUAAACUGCUCGGUCUAUGUCACCAGUUGGUUGCAGAGAAGAAGGAAGUAUUGCAAAGGAGUGAUAAGAACAACACCACGGUCCUAUCGGUGCUUUUAAAGAAUGGAGAUCUUUCCGACGAUGACGUACGGGAUCAGAUGUUGACCUUUCUUGUUGCAGGGCAUGAAACAACGAGUACAUCAAUCACUUUUACCAUCUACUUUCUUGCUACCCAUCCAGAGCUUCAAGACAAACUCCGGGACGAGAUUAGGGGAGUUCUAUCUCAAUACCGCGCAGAUGAACUCUCUGAUGAAAUCUUUGGUUCCAUGCCUUUUCUUACGGCUGUCAUAUCUGAGGCUAUCAGGCUCUGGCCGAUAGUGAGAGAGACCGUCAUCCAAGGCGUCACAAUCCCAAAGGGAACCUGGGUCAACAUGUCUACCUUCGCAGCCAAUCGCUCUGAGUGCAUAUGGGGAGCUGAUGCAGCCGAAUUUAAACCGGAACGCUGGCUCGGUGAGGGCAAGGCGACUCAUGGGGGCACUAAUAACCGUCUCGCAAAUAAUAUAACUUUCUUGUUCGGGCCACGAAGCUGCCUUGGACAAAGCUUUGCUAGAGCAGAGAUGAAAUGUUUGGUUGCUGCUUUCGUUGACCGAUUUAAAUUCGAAAUGUUGCACCCGGAUAAAGAGCUUGUUGUUGCUGGGGCUCUCACGAUCAAACCGUUGGAUGGCCUACAUCUCCCCGCGCUGACCCUUGGUUACAUGGGCUUCUGCAAGGGCAUGGCCGCAGGGGAUUGCAACUAG